GGUUUGUUCCCAUCUCUCUGCAGCAUUUUCACAAACACUUGGGGAGUGAUCGUUGCAUUGGUAAUCUUCCUCCAUGAUUAUGGCUGCUUGGAUUGCCAAUUCUUCUAAAGCCCUAAUCUCGAACGAGUACAAUGCUAAUCAUUCUCGCUUUCUUCAGUUUUUUAACCUGAACGAACUCGCAAAUUAUCUAUGCAGAAAUAGUUUUGUGGAGUCGUGGUCAUGGUCGCAAAUCCGGUUGAUGACAACCAGUAAACGCGUUCAGGAUAGAAGCCGCUUUAAGAGAGUGCAGGAUCUUGAAAUGGCGACGGAGAAGUGGAAGGUAGCUCACAAGGUACUUUUCUUGAUUGAAACUCUCAAGGAAGAGCCUGAGAUGAUAAUUCCCGUUAGGGAUUUAGAGCGAUAUCGUAGAAAAAUUAAUCUCCCGAAACCACAUAGGAUCUCAGAAUUCAUUCGAAAGUCGCCUGAACUGUUUGAAUUAUACAAGGAUCAGAGGGGUGUGUUGUGGUGUGGAUUGACUAAACAAGCCGAAGAUUUGGUGGAAGAGGAGAAUAAGAUAAUUGAACAACACGCUGACAAAGUUGCCGAGUAUGUUACCAGGUUUUUGAUGAUGUCAGUGAAUAAGCGGCUUCCGGUGAACAAAAUUGCUCAUUUCAGAAGAGAUUUUGGGCUUCCACUCGAUUUUCGAGCAAAAUGGGUGGAAAAUUACCCUGAACUAUUUAGGGUGGUGAAGUCUGAGGAUGAAUGUGAAUAUUUGGAGCUUGUUUCUUGGAAUCCUGCUUGGGCUGUGACGGAGUUGGAGAAGAAGUUCAUGGAUGUGACUGAGAGCACUGCUACUCAUACCCCAGGUUUGCUUUCACUUCCUUUUCCCAUGAGAUUUCCUUCCAAUUACAAGAAGAUGUAUAGAUAUAGAGGGAAAAUUGAUCACUUUCAAAAGAGGUCUUAUUUGUCUCCAUAUGCCGAUGCAAGUGGGCUAAAAGCUGGUUCACUUGAAUUUGAUAAAAGGGCUAUUGCUGUUAUGCACGAGUUGCUUAGCUUUACCAUGGAGAAGAGACUCGUUACUGAUCACCUUACCCACUUUAGGCAGGAACUUGUGAUGCCUCAAAAGCUAAUGAGACUUCUUUUGAAGCAUGUUGGGAUAUUUUAUGUUUCAGAGAGGGGUAAAAGAUUUAGUGUUUUCUUGACAGAAGCUUAUGAAGGCCCGGAGUUGAUUGAUAAAUGCCCUUUGGUUCUUUGGAAGGAGAAGGUAUUGAGCCACGUUGGUUAUAGAAGAAAGAAAAAGAAGAUCGAAACUUUUAGUGACAUGUCUGAAAUGGAGGAGGAUAACAAUUUGGUUUUGGCUAAGGAUGACUCUGAGCAGGAUAUGGAGGAUACUGGUUGUUCAGAAGAGACAUUAGAUGCAAAUACAGUUGACAUGGAAACUAGGGAUCUCCUUUUUGAGUAAAAGGAAUCUGAAUCUUCAUGAGCAUCAAUUUAAUUUGAUUUUUUUCAUAGAUUUCUGGAGGAAAGAAACCAACGGUUUUGUUCAAUGGAGCAUAGUGUGAUCCUGAUCUCCUAUUUAGGAGCAAUAUGUGUAUCUUAUCGUAUGUACGCAGUAUGUAACAGUUAAUUUCUGCUCUAUCAAUGUUCCUCUUGGCCCUACAGCUGAAGGAGUUUCAUUUGAUCAGAAAAAUGAAACAAGCAUUUCUCUGGUUGAAUCUUACUGAUGCAUGAGACCUGGCAAUGAUUUCUGGCAGGUAUGUAUGGGUCGUUUGAUCCUCACUCGUCAAAUUGCUUGCAGCAUCAUUUAGUGCACAGAGGAUGGAGCUGCGUGAGAUAUCUUUGAAAGCCUCUUACGUGGGUGUUGAUGCAUAUCUGUUUCCUGUUUGUUGUUGGAUCUGCCACAUGAAUGUCGUGACAUUCAGGUCGAGAAAUUCAACCGUUGGUGCUUGUUGCAAGAGCUUUUGUACUCAAUACUAUGCUUGUGCCUACUCCUCAAAACCAUAAAUCUAAAGAUGUGGCCAUCCACAGCAAGUCAGAGCACAAAAUCAACAAAACCUUCGAAAAAUCUACCAUUCUCGGGACAUGCUUGUAAGUUUUCUACAGAAACCGUGCAGUACUGUAGAUGGUUGCAAGUUUCCAGACUAUUUACUUUCUCAAAACAACCCGAAAGGUUCGUGGUCCUACAUCUUUUUAUAUAUGCCGAUUAUUUACUAUACAAAAUGAGAAAACAGAUUCAUUCAAGUUGUUUGCCAUAUAUCUGUUAAGCUAAUUCCUGGAUGAUCAUCCAGUACUUGGAAAAAGUAGGAAAGUAUGCAUGUAUGGUGUGAAGAUUUCCUAUAUUACUGUAGUCUUCAUUUUUUCAUCAUCAUCCCGGAAUGAUGCCAAAAAAAUUACAGUGUGAAGUGGGAACAUAGUUAGGGGAGUAGGCAGUUCAGUUUGGCUCGGUUUGAGUGUAAAACGAACCGAACUGCCAAUAAUAUUGUGAAAAGCAGAGGAUUGAAUCGGGCUGCCAAGUAAACUUAAUCAAAUCAAUUGAUGUGAUUAGCUGACGAUUUAGUCGAACUGAUCUUGUGGUUCUUCAAUUAAUUAAAUCAUGAAUGAGUUUGGUUAGAUCAAGGUGGGGCAGUCAUCAUUGGGUAAAAGUGGCUCAAAUGGGUUAUUAUUGGGUUGGGUUGUGUGUAAUUAUAGGUAAUAAUCAGAAUGCAAAAGUCUAUGUAACGGUUUAAGUCGGCUUCGGUUUAUUUCUUAACAAACCUAGUUGAUUCUAACCCGAAUCGACAAUUAUUUUGGUUGGUUU